GACGUUCUGAAGCCAUCCUCACUCGUCUCCUUUUUGUCGCCCUCAGCUGACUGCCCUUUACAAGGGUUUCAGUCGUCUCCUCCGAUACUCCACGCUUUGUUCUUCGCCUGUCCAUCGUGCUUGCUUAUUUUCCCAACCUGUCACCAUGAUUGACGAUCAAGACCUGGGAUUUUUUGCAAAUUUUCUUGGGAUCUUCAUCUUUGUGCUGGUUAUAGCAUAUCAUUAUGUGAUGGCUGACCCAAAGUAUGAAGGCAAUUGAGACUUUGGUGCCUUAAUGUUACCUUUUGUUGUGGACAUACGGAUGCUAUAUAUGUAGACUCUGUUAUUUGCCAAUGUAGACAACUUCUUGCUAAGAACCUUCAAAAUUUUCUGCCAUCGAUGUCAUCUUACAGCUACUAUUUUAACAAAUUAAUAGUCAUUUUUAUUGUCUAUC